AUGGCGUGGAAUCCCACGGUCGUGUCAUUCAUCUGCAUCCCGCUCCUGGCUUUGCUGGUGGCACGCGCCUACGGGCUGCUGGUCAACUACCUGCAAGUGAGAAAACUGGGGAUUCCCAUCGUCGUCAUCCCCUUUUCAUGGCAGGACGACUUCUUGAUCCUGGCCUAUCCGUACCUGAGGCACCUCCGCCAUUUGCCCUGGAUCGGGCACUUUUUCGUGCUCAGCUACCAUUCCUGGGCCCAGGACGAGCGGUAUCACCCGCACCAAAAGUACGGCGACGUCUUUGUAGUUGUUUCCCCAACGAAGAACGAGAUCGUGGUCAACGACCCUGGCGUGGCCGUGGACCUGCAGACCCAGUACAAAGCGUGGGUCAAGCCGCAGCCGCUGUACGAGCUCUUCAACGCCUUCGGGCCCAAUGUCAUCAGCGUCAACGGCGAAGACUGGCAGCGUCACCGCAGGAUCGUCAAUCCUGCUUUCCGUGAGCAGAACAACAGGCUCGUGUGGGACGAGUCGCUCAGCCAGGCGAGGCAGAUGAUCGAGGUGGUGGCCAAUCGAGCAGAUGGCCGCCGGUCCAUGCUUGACGUCCGGAACGACUGCGUCCUGAUCGCGAUGCACGUCCUCUCCGCUGCCGGUUUCGGACACAUCCACGACUUUGACGGAGGCUUUCGUGAGAUCCCAAAGGGCCACAAAACCAGUCUGGCCGAGUCGUUGAAGUUUCUCCUCCAGAACAUCAUCUUCGCCGUGCUGUUCAAAAAUGUCACGGCCAUGACGGACGAGUUCAUUCAAUACAUGAAGGAGAUCGUCGCCUACAACCGGGCCAUCACGCAGGGAGGUGGCAGCAGCAGCGGGGCCGAUAUCGUCAGCGCCCUGGUGGAGGCCGACGAGGCGGCGAAAAGAGAACAGAAGAAGGCCGGACACGGCGCCGGGGCGAAGCCAAUGUACCUCAGUGACACGGAAUUGCUAGGUAACCUGUACAUCUUCAAUCUGGCCGGGUUUGAGACCACUGCGAACGCGCUGACCUACACAAUCCCGUUCUUGGCCACCAACCGCGAGAUCCAGGACUGGGCGGGCGAAGAAGUGGACGCAGUGUUGAAAGAGUGGGAGGGUCGAAAGCUCGACUACGAAGAGGUGUUUCCGCAACUCGUGAGGUGUUUGGCACUGAUGUAUGAGACCCUUCGUCUCUGGGGGCCAGUGCCCGCGACGAACCGCUGGUGUGUCGGCCAACCACACUCUCUGCGAGUCAAGGGCCAAGAAAUCAUGGUGCCGAUCGAGACAUACGUGACGAUAAAUCUUUAUGCAGUCCACUCUGACCCGCGGUGGUGGGGAGACGACUCACUCAAAUGGAACCCGCGGCGCUGGAUAGUAACCGACCCGACAACAGGGGUCGAGUCCCUCGCUCAUCCUCCACCGGGCGCCGCGUUUGUGCCCUGGAGUGUCGGACCCAGGGUCUGUCCCGGGAAGAAGUUCAGCCAGGUCGAAUUCGUGGCCGUCAUUUCGACACUGCUCAGCAAAUGCCGCUUGAAACCGCUAAUCAUGGAGGGGAAAAUGACGACGGAAGAGCAGGCCAGCUCGGCGCUGUUGCAGGUGCUGGAUGACUCCAUGAAUAUCAUCACACCCAAGAUGCGUCGACCUGAAGAUGCGGGCGUGGUGUUUGUUCAACGAUAG